AUGGGGCUAUUUGGUAGAUCAAACAAAAAGAAAAUACCACCAUCCCAGUCUCAAUCUCAAAAUUACGAUGAUUCAAAUGAAUUUCAAAGACAACCACAUCCUAUAGCCACAGCUAGACCAAAUUGGUUUUAUAUCGAAGAACGUCCUCAUCAUAUGUCAAAUGGUUACAAUCAACAUCGACCAGCACCUCAAGGAUGGAUAGUGACUCCAAUCGAACCACCAUCACCACCACCGAGAUAUCAAUCACAUACUAUCAUGGCGCCCCCUCUCCUACCACCACGAAACGGUGUUGCGUUGAUGAACUUGCGAUCCGUUACCAAUUUAUUGACAGAGACUUCAUUAAAUGAUCUGCCAUGUGUAGCUGCCAUCAAUAAUGGGGUAGCCGUGAUGUCCCAACAAACCAUGCAUCAUUAUCAUCAAACGACCGCUCUGUACGAUACUUUAUCCUCGAAAUUAUGCUCGGUGGUCACGUCAAUUGAUGAGGAAAGAUUUAGUGGGGAUGAUAGAGAGCUUACAGUUCCUCAACAUUAUGAUUCAGUAUGGCAGGAAGAAAAAGGAUUAGAGACAACCAGUCGAGAUUUAUUUCUACGAAGCAAGAAAUCAAAGGCAAAUCUGAAAGAGAUCAAAUCAAGUGAAACGACACAUACAAAUUACUUUUCAAAGGUUCAUGCAUAUGCCAAUUCAAGGUUACCAAUGGAUCUCAAGCCAAUGAGAUUGUACUUUAAUACAUAUCCUCUGAUAUGCCUCGCAGCUCAAUACUCGGAACAAGUCUAUUCGAAACCUACCGGGCAAGAAAAAGAAACAAGAGUAAAUGCAAGAGGAAGAGCAGGGACUGUUAUGAAAAGUGUACCAAUUGAUGAUCGAGAUAUAAUUGUAUUUGCGAUUCGAGGAACAACACAUUCAUUCACAGAUUGGGCUGUAAAUGUCAAGACGAAGCCGACGUCCCCAGAAGGGUUUCUGGACGACCCUGGAAAUUUAUGUCAUUCCGGAUUCUUGGGUGCUGCAAAAGGCUGGAUUAAACCAAUAGCCGCUCGACUUCGAAGUCUCCUCCAAGAAAAUCCUAAUCGUACCCAAUGUUCUCUACUGAUUACUGGACAUUCCGCUGGCGGGGCUAUCGCUGCUCUAUUAUACUCACAUAUGCUUUCCACAAGCCCCGAAGCUAGAUCGGAGCUUAAUGUUCUUACAGGAUAUUUCAAACGAAUACAUUGUAUUACAUUUGGCGCACCACCAAUUUCACUCCUACCAUUAGAAAAACCAAAAACCCGAGCAGCUUCCAAGUCUAUCUUUAUGUCUUUCGUCAACGAGGGCGAUCUAGUCGCAAGAGCAGAUUUCGCUUAUGUCAGAUCCCUACUCGAUCUCUAUUCCACUCCUACGCCCGGAAAAUCCGUUCUCGAGCCCUUAAAAUUAGGACUCAAAUCUUGCAAAUCUAGCAAUGCACUCUCGACGAAAAAGAAACAUUCCAAACCCGAUCCGCACGUCGCUUUAGGACCAAUUUGGCAUGUUCCCGAGGCCACAUUGAGUAUUGCGGGAAGUAUUGUUCUCUUGCGAGGAGUAGAUAGACUGGGAAAUGCGGAAGGAAGUAAGAAGUUGCAAGAUCGAAUGGAUGAUGGAGUGAUUGCGCAAAUUGUCUCGGAUGAAUUGUUAAGGGGGGUGGUGUGGGGUGAUCCGGUUAGUCAUAUGAUGAAGCUCUAUGCGAGGAGGAUUGAGGUUUUGGCUACGAAUGCGGUUAUGGGACGGACGUGA